AUGCAAAAGGCCAAGGCCUUGCAGUCCUCCUUGCCUCCCGUAGCUCGACAACUGCUCUUGCCAUCAGCCGUGGGUGCAAAUCUUUUUCUUCACAACCUGCAGCGGCACCACUUCGAUGCAAUGGACCCUUCGCUUCUCCGAGGAGUCAGUACGAUGGGGUUGCGGAAGAAACCCGCUAGAGGAGCUUCGCUUUCCCGAAUGGAGUACCUAUCGCUGCUUCUCCUCUUUGUCGCGAUAGUCGCAACCCCGACAAACGCACUCCGCAAACCCCGCCGCCUCAUGCGGGGCCUGCAAGCCAUUCGAGCCGCGCUUCCCCUUGAAUUUACGGCCACCAUGGCAUCCGAUCCCGCGACGGUCGGGGUGACGACGUGGCGCCCUGCGAUUCGCCGGUUGAUCACAGCGAUUGGAUUAGCGUCGGCCAAGUCACCCGCAGUUCCCAAGCAGAACACCGGCGCUAACGUGGCAAUCGGCGGCGAAAACCCAACGGUCGCCCAGAAGCAGGACGUUGCGAAGCAGGAGAGCGCGGCGCCGAACCUCCAACGGUCACCGCCCAACACGGUCACCUCGGAACUCCAGAAUAAGAGCUCCAAAGACAACUCGCACGAGAGCUCCGUUGGAAACAGCAAUGACCACGAGAAAAGCGGCGGCGGCGGCGGCGGCGGGUGCUCUGGUAGCAGCGACUUGGAUUUUGAUUUGGCGCCUCCCUCGCUCGCCUCCCCGUGCCUGCACCUUUCUGGGGGCGAUCCCCCUCGUGCCGAUCGUCGCUCCAGCCGCCUGUCGUCGCUCCCCGUCGCAUGCCCCGCGCGCCCCGCCAUGUGCGACUUCUUCUUUGACGGCUUGACGGACGAGUUGCCGGUCAUCCGUUUGUCCGCCGAGUCUUUUUUCGCCGGCCGGCCGAUUCCUAUCGGUCCGUCUCCCGUGGUCGCCAUGGCUGGCGGGACCUUCGUGGAUGUUUCGCGCGUGGAGGGGAACUACUCCCGCGCCGUGUGUCUGGACAAACCAGCGGAAGAGCCGGCGCCAGUCACGGCGACGGGGCAGGGGAAAAACACGGACGUUUCGAAGAAGCUUCUCCAGGACCAGCUGAUUCUUCCAGAAAGGUUGUUUCAGCUGCGCGGAAGCGGAGAACUGAUGUACAACGGUGCUGACGUGGCGGACUGGGACGACGACGACACGUGGCUAGCGGCGGCUAAAAGCCCCGAUGGCGUUACCGUAAGCGUGCAAAUCGACGAAGCUACAGUGAACCUGUUCGGUGUCAAUAUCGAGCUUAACAAUACCGAGGAUGGAUCCGCCACGUCGGAGAACCGCGAAGUUCCUGGCGCCGAGGCGCAAAUGGCUCUACUCGAGGCAUCCUCGUUAUUGACAGACCCAUCGUCUUUCAUGAACCAAGCAGCCCCGCCGUCAGCCUCGCCACCAUCACAAGCAGCAGCAGCAGCAGCAAAGGCGGCGGCGGCGGCGGCAGCACAGAACGGGAUUGCCCACAAGAAGCUGUUGGAAAUGCCUGAGCGAGAGGCGGUUUCCGCCAGGCGACUGGCAGAGGGAGAGAGCGCAACCGCGGGGGACGCGGCGACACAGUGGCAAGAGAUGAUGCUGAAUGCUGGAGUCGCGUCAAUCCCUGAGGCAGGGCGCCUGGCCCUUCCCCUGGUGGCGACUAUUGUGAUGCCAGAGGAUAGGGACUCCAGUUCUGCUGCUUCUGGCUUGCGCGGUAGUGCUGGUGCUCGUGAUGGUGAUGCUUCUGGCGCGGGUGCCGGUGAUGGGAGAGACGCGGGGAGUGUGGAAUCGGAGGAGAAGCGCAACUGGCUGAACCAGCCAACAACCAGCGGUGCUGUGGAGGGGGUGAGUGAGAAGGGCUCAGGGAGCGGCAGCGCCAAGGGUGCUGGUGCUGCUGGUGAUGCUUCUGGCAAGAGCAGUGAUGGCAAGAGCAACAAGGUUGCAGACGAGGUUACGGAGGUUCCAGAACAGCACCAUGACUCUGAGGCAAACAGCCGCUUCUACUUCCCUUUGCACCGCCGGUGCAUUUUGUUCCGAGUCAAGCUUGUUUGA